AUAUUCCAGAAAAAGUCUGUAUUAAUAGGAAAUAUUGUUAGUAAUAUAGAAUUGAUAAUGUAUAUUAAGAAGAUUAUCAUACAAGGGUUUAAAACCUAUAAGAAUCAUACUAUUAUAGAUCUUGUAUCACCUCAUCAUAAUGUUGUAGUAGGACGUAAUGGAUCAGGUAAAUCUAAUUUCUUUGCAGCUAUAAGAUUUGUAUUAUCAGAUGCUUAUACUCAUAUGACAAGAGAAGAAAGACAAGGAUUAAUUCAUGAAGGUUCUGGAACAGUCAUGAGUGCAUAUGUUGAAAUUAUUUUUGAUAAUAGUGAUGGAAGAAUUCCAAUUAAUAAAGUAGAAGUAUCAAUUAGAAGAACUAUUGGACUUAAAAAGGAUGAUUAUUCAUUAGAUGGAAGAUCUGCUACGCGUUCUGAUGUUAUGAAUUUAUUAGAAAGUGCUGGAUUUUCAAGAUCUAAUCCAUAUUAUAUUGUUCCUCAAGGAAAAAUCACAUCUUUAACUAAUUCUAAGAAUGGAGAACGAUUAUUAUUAUUAAAAGAAGUUAGUGGAGCCACCGUAUUUGAAAAUAAAUUAAAAGAAUCUAUAAAGGAAAUGAAUAAUUCUAAUUAUAAAAAGCAACGAAUCGAUGAAACUUUACAAUCUAUUGAUGAAAGAUUAUCUGAUUUACAAAUAGAAUCAAUUGAUCUUAAGAAAUUUCAACAAUUAGAGAAAUCUAAAAAGAUUUUAGAAUAUAAUUUAUUUGAUCGAGAAUAUAAUGAAUUAAAUCAAACUAUUGAAGAUAUUGAUGAGAAUUAUAAUACUUUAUUACAACAAUCAUCUCAAGAUUUACAAGAUUUAGAAAAGAGAGAAAAAUUAUGUCAACAAUUACAAUCAACUAUUGAUCAAUUAAAAGUUUCUUUAAAGAUUUCUAGAUUAGAAAAAGAUCAAACUAAUUUAGAUUAUAAUGAAUUAUUUAAAUUAAUUUCUGCUAAGGAAGUUAAAAUUCAUGAAUUAAAACAUUCCAAUGAAGAUUCAAUUGAAAGAUUAAAUUCUAUUCAACAACAAAUUAAUAAAUUUAAAAGUUUAAAAUAUGAUAAUGAAUUAAAAGUAAAGGAUAUUAAACCAGAAAUUAUCAAUUUACAGAAUCAAGAAUUGAAAUUAAAGGAUAAUUUAAGUGAAUUUAAAUCUAAACAAAGAUCAUUAUAUUCUAAACAACAAAGAUUUCUGAAAUUUGAAACUAAAAAGCAAAGAGAUACAUUAUUAAAUCAAGAAAUUAGUUUAAUUAAACGGCAAUUAAUUUCUAAAGAUAAUGAAAUAAAUCAAAUUAAUUCGCAAAUUAAAAUUAAUGAGAAUAAUAUUUCUGAAUUAAAUAAAAAGAUUACUAAUUUAAAUUCUAAUAUUAAUAAUGAAGAAUAUCAAUUAACAAGUUUAAAUUUAAAGAAUUCUAUUAAUGAAUUAAAACUUGAAUUAAAUAAUUUAAAUGAUAAACGUAAGAUUCUUUGGAGAGAUGAAAUUAGAUAUAAAAGUAUUUAUGAUUCAUUAAAUAAUGAUUUAAAUAAUGCUAAUAAUUUAGUUAGUCAAACUAUGGAUAGAUCUCAAGCUCAAGGGUUAAAUUCUGUUAAACAAAUUGUUAAUAAACUUAAUCUUCAAGAUAAAGUAUAUGGACCAUUAGCCGAAUUAUUUAAUGUUAAUGAAAAAUAUAAAACUGCUACUGAAGUUAUUGCUGGAACAUCAUUAUUUCAUAUUGUGGUAGAUAAUGAUCAAACAGCUUCAUUAAUAAUGGAAGAAUUGGUACGAAUUAAAGGGGGUAGAGCCACAUUCAUGCCAAUCAAUAGAUUAAAUAAUGGUAAUGGUAAUGGUAAUGAUAAUGAUCAUGAUAUUAUUUAUCCUGAUAGUAAUGAAUAUCAAUGUAUUCCAUUAAUUAAAAAAAUCAAAUUUGAUAAUCCCCUUAUUGGAAGGGCAAUUAAUCAAGUAUUUGGUAAGGCUAUAGUAGUGGCAGAUUUAUCAAUUGGAAGUGAAUUAGCAAGAAAAUUUAAAUUAUCUGCUAUUACCUUAGAUGGAGAUCGUGCUGAUACAAGAGGGGUUUUAAGUGGAGGAUAUAGAGAUUAUAAGAGAUCACGACUUGAUGCAUUAAAAGUUCAAAGUAAAAAGAGAAAAGAAUUAACUAAUGUUGAAAAUGAUCUUAAUGGAUGUGUUAAAGAAAUUGAAUUAUUAAAUCAAUCAAUAACAUCUGUCAAUAAUGAAUUACAAUUAAAUGUUCGAGAUUUAGAUAAAUUACAAUCACAACAAGAACCAAUUAAAAUAGAAUUAGCUAGAGCAAAUGAUAAGAAAUUUAAUUUACAACAAGAAUUAAAGGGUUAUCAACUGAAUAUUAAUAAUUUGAAAUCGAUUAGGAAUUCAUUAUCGAUUAAUUUAAAACAAAAUGAAGUUGAAUUAAAUUCUCAAUUUGCUCAAGUAUUAUCUGAUAAUGAAAUUGAACAAUUAAAUCAAUUAAAUUUAAAUAUUAAGAUUACAGAAAAUGAAUUAGAUAGUAUUGUUACUAAAUUAUCUGAUUUAGAAACCCAGAUUUCUAGUUAUGAAUCAGAAUUAAAUAAUAAUAUUAUUCCUAAAUUAACAAGUUUAACUGUUGAAUUAAAUAAAUAUCAAACCAAUUCACAAGUAAAUUUUGAAGUUAAAGAACAUGAACAAGAAUUAAUUAAUUUAAAUAAUGAAUUAUCUAAAGUACAAGGUAGACAAAAGAAAGUUCUUGAAGAAUUUAAUGCAAUUAAUGAAGAGAUUCAAAAAAGUGAAUCAUCUUUAAAGAAAUCUAAUGAUCAACAAUUAUCACUUUUAAAGAAAUUAGAGAAAUUCUCGAAAUAUAGUGAGAAAACUCUUAAUAAGAAAUCUAUUUUAGUUAAUAGACGAGAUGAAGUUCAAAAAAAAAUUAGAGAACUUGGAGUUUUACCAGAAGAAGCAUUUCAUACCAAUGAUAGUAGUAAUGAUGAUUUACUUAAAGAAUUGAAUAAAGUUAAUGAAGAAUUGUUAAACUAUAGUCAUAUUAAUAAAAAGGCUAUGGAACAAUUUAGUACAUUUAAUAAACAAAGAGAUGAAUUAGUUAUAAGGCGUGAAGAAUUAGAAACUUCAAGACAAUCUAUUGAAGAUUUAAUUAAAAAUUUAGAAAAUCAAAAAGAUGAAGCUAUAAGGAAAAGUUUUAAACAAGUUGCUAAAAGUUUUAAUGAAAUAUUUGAAACUUUAGUACCAGCUGGUGUUGGUAAUUUAAUUAUUCAGAAGCGUAAUAGUAUUGAUAAUGGUAAUGGUAAUGGUAAUGGUAAUGGUAAUGAUGGUAAUGGUGAUGAUGAUGUCCAAAGUGAACAAAUAGAGCAAGAUAAUGAAGAUGGUGUUAAUGAGAUCACACAAAGUCAAUUGACUAAUGAACAAUCAAUUGAUAAUUAUGUGGGAGUAGCAAUAUCUGUAUCAUUUAAUUCUAAACAUGAUGAACAACAAAGAAUUGAGCAAUUAUCAGGAGGUCAAAAAUCAUUAUGUGCUAUUGCAUUAAUUCUUGCUAUUCAACAAUGUGAUCCUGCCCCAUUCUAUUUAUUUGAUGAAAUUGAUGCAAAUUUAGAUACUCAAUAUCGUACAUCUGUUGCAAAUAUGAUUAAACAUUUAAGUAAAGAUGCUCAAUUCAUAUGUACAACAUUUAGACCAGAAAUGUUACAAGUGGCUGAUAAAUUCUUUGGAGUCAUCUAUAGUAAUAAGGUCAGUAGUGUGAGUGAAAUUAAUAAGGAAGAGGCUAUGAGUUUUGUAGAAAAUCAGCAACAAAAUUGAAAAGUAAAUAAUUCAUAUAAUGGUUAAUGUACUGCAC